AUGGGAUGUAAUUCAUCAAAAUCAAAUGGAGGACAACUUAAUUAAAGUGAGAACACAAAAAGGAACUCAAAAUAAUCAGCUAAAUUACAAGAAAUUUAGUAAAAUAUUCUUAAGCAUUUAAAUCAAUAAUAAUGCCAAACAAGAACUAGUGUUACUUCUUUAAAGAAUUCUUUAUCAUCAUAUAGUAUAGAAUUAUUAUAUUAUUAGAAAAUUCAAGGAUUAUCGAUUCAAAAUCUGAAUUGAUCUUGUCUACAAUUAUGCCUUAAACUGACUUUGGAACAUAACUUCUUAAGAAGAAAUUAGAAUAUUGA